UAUAAAUUGCUACAAGGUAUGGCGGAGUUUUUUAUACGAAUUCAACUUGAAACGACAUAAACAAUUCUUGCAAGAAAGGUGAAACCUCGCCGUUUUUUGCCUUAACUUUGCUAUUGGAUAAAUGAAGAAACACAUAAAGACGAAAUUAUUUCCCAAGAUCUAUGGAUUACUGAGCAACAAGCCAGCGUUAGUGGAAGGCUUGUAAAAUCGAAUGAAAUGUCAGCAGAAUCCAAAACGUUCGGUGGAAAAACAAGCCCUACACUGAUGCAAGUUUGUUUGGACAUGAAGGCAAUGCCAGGCAAUAUAGCUGUACUUUCCGAGAACAAAGACAACUAUGCUUCAAUUAAAGAUGGACUUCGACCAGUGAAAAAAAGCAACAAAACUCGAAAUAAUCCUGCUAGUCAUAGAAAGACCAGGAUUAAUUCAGCAAGCAAGCAAGUGUUAAUGGUAAAACCAGGACCAGAUGUUCCACCACCAUAUGAUAUGACAAAAGACUGUAUUGUUCCUAACCAUUUCCUACCACCAGCAAAAAUCUGUGCUGAUGAUGAUGAUCAGGAUAUUUCAUCUGAUGCGUUUGAAGAACAACAUAUGAACAGUAAGGCAUGUGCUCUCUGUAAUCGAGGAUUGGAAACACGAAUGAUGCAAGGUAGUCUCACAAGAUAUGAUCCAACUGCUGGUUUUAACCCAUUCCAACUUUACUAUGAGCAGUUACCAAGAGAUAAACCACCAGAUAUGCUUGAAGAACCAACACUAACAGUACGUCGUGGACCUGGACGACCACCAUUUAAGGGAAGGAAGAAAAGCACUGUUGUUAAUGGUUUCUCUGUUGUAAGCUCCAAUCCUAAUCUUCCUUUGGAUAUGAUUCUGUUUGGAACUUCACAUGAACGAGACAUUGAUGAACUUUUUGAGGCAACAGGUCAUACUUGGUGCCAUACAUGUUGUGCACUUUGGUCUGAAUUUGUUGAACAAGAUGAGACAAAUGUGAAAAAUGUUGCUCAGGCUGUUUUUCAUGCAAUGACACAGAAAUGUGAACAUUGUAACAACUUUGGUGCUAGUGUGUCAUGUAAUGACAAAAAUUGUACGAAGAAAUUUCAUUAUACCUGUGCUUCAAGUGCUGGCUGCUUCCAGGAAGUGAAAUCAAAAAUGGUGUUGUGUCCUGAACAUAUUCAUAAGGCAGAAGAGCUUGUUGGUGACGAUGCAAAGUGUGCAGUUUGUGAUGAAGUUGGAGAUUUGACAAAACAAUUAUUUUGUUGCAACUGUUGGAGACAUUUUCAUGGGAAAUGCUUACAACCCGAAGUUGAUAUCCUGCCAUGUGCUCGUAUGGCUUGGCAUUGUCCAGCGUGUAAAAUAUGUAGUGACUGUGGGUCGUCUGUGGAUGAUAACAAAAUGUUGGUGUGUGAUAUUUGUGAUAAAGGCUACCAUUUCUAUUGCCUCAAACCUCCAGUUGCUUCUGCACCAAAGGAUGGUUGGAAAUGUGAGAACUGCCGACGUUGUUAUGACUGUGGUUCAAAUACACCUGGUUCUGGUGCGACUUCAAGAUGGCAUUUCAACUAUACAGUUUGUGAUAGUUGCUACCAACAACGAAACAAGGGCCUAUCAUGCCCACAAUGUCGACGAGCGUACAGACAUUUCUCGGAUAUACCAAUGGUUCAAUGUAAAAAGUGUGAAAAAUCUGUUCAUAAAGAAUGUGAUGAGGCAUUUGCUGAUAUGGUGCCAUACAUGUGUACAAACUGUAGGGGGCUUUACAAGCACGAGCCAACGAUUAACAAUAUUGAGGAAAAUCCUGCAGUAAUACCAUCGAACAACCAACUACCUGGCAGUGAGGAUAUGCUUUCGUCUAUGACAGAUUCGAGUCUGUCCUUAGAUAUGAACAUCAACAUGAACAUAGACUGCGGCGAGUUAGAUGAUUCCUACGAUUUGGGAGAGAAAUUGCCAUUUGACGAGGAAAUGGAAGUCGAAUUAAAAGAUGACGAGUUUUCAACCACAGCACAAUUCUCCAACUCGCUGCAGGCCCCCACGCCGAUCAUUUCUAAGAAAGCUAAUGUCAGUGGUGGCAAACAAGCUGGGAAACGAAAGUUGGCACGAAGGCCUAGAGGCACAGGUGGCACAAGCAGGAGACGAGGGAAAACUGGCAAACCAGGAAGUAAAUUAAAAAACAAAACUGUUCCUGCACAAUCUGUGCAAGACAAAGAGAACCAGCCUGGUGGAGCGAACAGCCAAGAAGAUCCGAAUAAGCACAUCUUAGGAGAAGGUUUGAAGUCUAGUUUGGUUUUGUUUUCAACAGACGACCGCAGGAUGAAAACACAGGAUAUGUGCAGAUGUUGUGGUAGUUUUGGUCAAGGAGUUGAAGGUCAUUUAAUACCAUGUUCACAGUGUGGGCAGUGUUAUCAUCCGUAUUGUGUUAACGUCAAGAUCAACAAGGUGAUAAUCACAAAAGGCUGGAGAUGUUUGGACUGUACAUUUUGUGAAGGUUGUGGCAAAGGAAGUGAUGAGGCUAGAUUGUUGUUGUGUGAUAAUUGUGAUAUUAGUUAUCACACAUAUUGUCUUGAUCCACCAUUGGAUCAUGUCCCUCAUGGAGGAUGGAAAUGUAAAUGGUGUGUGGUGUGUACUCUUUGUGCAAGAACAACUCCGGGGAAGUCGUGUAAAUGGAUGUCAAAUUACACCCUGUGUGGACCUUGUUCUAGUCUAACUACCUGUCCAAUCUGUAAAACUUUGUAUAAAGUGGAUGACUUGAUGAUCCAAUGUGUUGAAUGUGAAAGAUGGCUUCAUGCGUAUUGCGAUCAAUUUACGAAAGAAAUAGAUGUUGAACGUGCCGCAGAUGCUGGAUACAAAUGUUAUUAUUGUCGUCCAAAAUCGCAAAGUUUUUUUGCUUGCAUAGCAUCUACUAGUAGUAUAACGACAACCUCGCGUUGGGGUCAGUCUACGGUCAAUACUCUCGCCUCUAUGUCUUCCUAUGCUUUUGGCACUUUUGGACCUUCGUCUCCAAUGGCUACCUCCAUUCAACAUUACCAUCCAGGAUCAGGGAGAAAACCAUUGCACCCAGUUCAAAGAUACGGUUCUAAAGGAACAGUUGAGAUGAGUCUUGCCAGUCGUAUUGCACUCGGAAAUACCGGGGAGAAUUGUUCACCAGCUGCAGUUUUUUUAACUGAAUGUGGCAGGAAGCAUAUUGAUGAAACUAAGAGGCAUCAUAACAAAGUGAUUAAGAAGAAACAAAAACCACGGAAUAGAAUGAGGAAAACUGAUCAACCUGGUGGGAAUAAUGCAGUCACAAAUGCAGAGAGGUCAUCGUCACAAACUGGAAGGGGCACAGCUCCUGAGACUAACUCUGGCGGUGAAAAUAACACCUGGUCUGCCCGUCAACCAUUACAAGCAAAGAAGACGGCAAGCAAGAAACGUGAUGGGGGUGCUGCAACUAAAGAUAAUCAAUUGCAGAAUUUACAGAUGGACUUUUUCGGACGAAGUUUAUUAAUGUCUACAACAUCAAACAUUGCUGAAAACAUCCCCUACACUCAUCCUUCGCCUGCCAAGGAUGUCACUGAUAAUGUCAAAGAAACUGUAAGCCAGCCAAUGGACUCAGUCAGAUGGUCUACACCGCCCGCUCUUGCGCAGAACGUGCCUGCUGCAGUUCACCCACCUGUCACGUGUGCACCAGCAAUGCCGGCACCAGACCCUAUAGAAACCUUACCUACAGCUCCCGAUUUGAAUCUUCCUGAUCCCGAUGUUCUUGUCAAUCAACUGGGUAUGCUAGUGACAGCGGCAGAAGGCGAAAGCAUGAGAAACGAGCAAGAUUCUUCAAACCAAGGUGGACGGUUAACUGGUGGCUCUGUUUCCAGCGGUAGCCAUGUUACAGAAGAGGUUCAUUCUUUAAACCCAGAUAUUCUUGUUCCCCCUGGUGGAGACCUACCAAUGGUUGAUAGUAAAGAUAUCGAAGAAUUCUUUACUGGUAUAGAAAACGAGUUAAAUCAGAGACAACCCGGUUUAGUUUCUGAUCCACUGUUGAGUUCUGUUGGUGUUCACGUGCAGUCCAACCCAGUUCCCCAACGUCCUCCCCCACCUCCCUACCCGGCUGCAUCACGCGGACCAUAUCUUCGUGAGAUUCAUAGUCAUGCUUGGGACACAAUGCCAGUUGGAGAACCGCCGCCUUACCAGACCACACAUCAAGACCAUCGUAUUCACACUAAUAUCGAUAUGGUUCAUACUCCCACGAAUGGUUCUCGUGUUGAACCCGAGUUUGAACAUUUUGAUGAUGAUUUAGGACCACGCCGACCACGUCCCGAGAGCCCCCGAGCUGAUAGUCAUAAGCAACUUCUAAAAUGGCAGGAAGAUGAAAAACUGGGAGCCAUGGCAACCAUUUCGCCAGUUCUUUAUGCUAAUUUAAACUAUCCUAAUCUUCGCGAGGAAUAUCCAGAAUGGGUACCAAGAUAUCGGGCGAUGGCAAGACUAUGGAGAAAACUAAGAACAGAAGAACGAGAACCUUAUCGGCAUAGAGCGAGAGACAACAGAGUUAAGUUGAAAGAUCAGAUAAAGCGGAAUGGCACUUCAAAACCUGGAGUAUCCAGUUCACAGAUAACCACAGAGGCACCUGCAGCACCUGUUGUCAAUGGACUGCCCAUUGAACGUCAGCCGGAACAUUCAUCCAAUGUUAAAAGCGAACGCCCAAUAUCCUACCCAGGAAUGAUUGCGCCAAACCCACACAACAAUAACACCCAGGUUAAUAUAAUUACCAACACAGAAAAAUCUCAAGUGAUGCAGGUUGUACCACAGCAACCCAAUGCACAAUAUCCUUUCCCCUCAAAACCUUCCUUCCCACCAACUGAGCCUCUGGCGAGUAUAAGUCAACCGAUCCAACCAGCAGAACCAACGUUGACGUCACCCCAGGGCGCUCAUAAUAUGGCAAACGAAGUUUCCAAGAAAGACAGAACUCCAAAAAAGAAUCGUGGUGAUCGAGACAAGGAACGGGAGUUGAAAGAUAAGAAGAAUCAAAUAUGGCAAGAAAGGGAGAGAGAAUGGAAGUUGCUGCAGCAACAAAGACAACAAGAAAACCGAAAACAACAACUUCAAAACCAAGAUAUUUACUCUGUACGGAAAGACGUUCGCAGUAAACCAAAUAAGACCGCUGACUGGAGAAAACCUGCGUCCGAGGCUGAUAACGUAAGUCAAAUUACAGUCCAACAUGGCAGUCAGGCAUCCGCUCAUAAUGACAGUUCAAUUCAACGACAGUUGUCAAAUUUCAUUUCGUCCACCCAGUCGGGCGGAGUUGAACAGGCACUACAGGAUGCUUCGGUCAUUGCUGUACCUCAUGCAGAGAGAGUUGUUGAAAAUUCCCAGUCAAGCUCUUCAUUUCCAAUAGAAACGGUCGUUGCGACAACCUCAGUAACAUCUGUUGAAAUCCAAGCAUCGCGUUGGAGGCACGAGCCAUCGUGUCCUCCAGGGAAUUCUUUACCAGAAAAAACAUCAAGAAUCAUGUCAGCCGAAGAGCAGCCUCAGAACUGGUUGUCCCAGCGUGAUCAACAUCAGCAUACACAGCAUUCAAUGCAGCAACACAUUUCAGAAUCACAAUUACAUCAUCAUGAAGUACGAUAUGAGCUCCAGCAACCUGGCCAACCGGAACAAACAGGUUUUAAUCAACCAACAUUAGCUCCUCAAGUGCCGGCUUCUACGCCAAAUACUCCUAUCUCGUCAAAUAACGAGCUUAACAAACCCGUGUCGAGAGAAGCAAGUGCUUACCAAUCAGCUACGCAGCAUUUAGCGGUGACCCGGCCUGAAAUGUCCGCAGUUCAUUCAACACAGAGUGAAGCAUCUGAAUCAAACCGCGACCAAACACCGCGUCAAAAACAACAAGAGGCACUACAGAAGCAGCAACAAAUACAACAUUUGCAGAAACAACAACAGUUGCAACAACAAGAAGUGUUACAGCGAGAACAACGCAAGCAGUUGGUCCUUGCUCAAAAACAACAGCAAGAAUUUAUUCAGAUGCAGCUAAAUCAACAUCGUUUUCCCCCACAACAACCGUACCAGCCUCCACAACCACCUCGUCAGGCCAACCAGUUCACAGUUAACACAAAAGAAAUGCCCGAGAUAGACACCGAAGAAGAACAUCAGGAACGUUUGCAGUAUUUAUAUCGACAGCGACAAAUGCAGAAACAACUACAAGCUCGACAAUACAUGGUGCAACAGCAAACACCUACACCACAGAAUAUGUGGGGAAAUAAUGCGCAGGUAAUGCCAGGCGUACCUCCAGCCAUAGCUUCAGAUCCAAUUCAACAACGACUGUUUCUUGAACAACAACGUACAUCUCAGCGUCAUGAUCUUCAACUUGUUAGCAUGGAUAAAUCAAAUCAUCCCCAGCAUAUUUCUAAUCCUUUCAACCAACAGCCUUUACCUGCAGCAAUCGUAGAUCAUACUCCAAAGUUUAAUUUCCAUGAGCUUGCAAAGAAUGGUCAAAAUGAUUCGGAAUUUUUAACAGCAACACAAGCAAGUCACUCGCAAGCGAGCAUUUCAACAUAUUCCACCCAAACCCUAGCGACGAGUCAUGCUUCCACGACUGCAAUCUACUCAGACAUUGCUUCUGCAAAGAGUGAGAAACGAAAGACUGGAAGAAAGGAUCGUAGGAGUUCUACAAUCGAUCUUUCGACGCAUGCUGGUCAUUUCGGAGCUGCUGGUUAUCCAAAUGCUGCUGUCGAGACUGAAGCUCAACGCGAUAUUGUUGCUGUAAAUCAUUCUGGAAACAUUGAGAAUGAGAUCUUACCUGUCAGUCAAGAAACUUGCGUCACUGUGGACGAAGGUAACGCUAGGCGUGUUGAUACAGCUGACCCAAGCUUUGCCCCUCCAAAUGAUGAAGUUAGGGAACACGAAGAUCAAGGAAAUGGCGACGAAUUCAGUGGAAAACCGUUAGUUCUCCCGUAUGGCACAGGUAACCCAUCUUUACCAGCUAAUCCAGCCAACCCACAACCAGUUCUACCACCGCCACAACUUGCCCUCUCACCUCAACAACAACACAUGCUAUUACAAGCUCAGCAACAGCAGUUACUUUGGCAACAAGCUCAUUCCCAGUUACAACAUCAAUAUCAGUUGCUGUAUCAACAAUUACAACAGUUGCAGAUUCAGUUGCAACAGACUCAAGAUCCCGCAUUGCAUCAGCGGGUUUUGCAACAGCAGCAACAACUGAGGUUUUUGCAGACACAAAUACUGCAACACUGGCAACAAGGACAACUUGUUGUACAACAAAUACAUAUGCAAGUAUUUGGUCUAAACGCGAUGUAUAACCAAAUGGAUCCGACGCAGCAGAAACACAUGCAAUUAUACCAGCAGGAACUUGUGCGCCAACAACAACAGUGGGCGCAGCAAUAUGGUAGCUCCAUGGGUUUGACGGAUAUUUUUGGAAGAAAUCCUGGCCUGCCACAGGAUAUUCGGCCACCAACCAACGAGGAGAAGCCAAAACGUAGUCGACGAUCUCGAAGUAAAGCGAAGAAUCCUCCAAAAGAAUCAGUUCCUACAUCAAGUGCUCAAAAUAUUGAGUUGACUCUUAGCGAUUCCGGACCUGUUGUUCAAAAAACUCAAGCGACGACCAUUACUCAAGGAACGGCAGAAAUCACAACAACCGUGGCUACGACUGUUGCACAAAAUGUACCUGAAAGUGGAGCGAUUACUAAAGAUGAAAAGCAAGAGCGACAGAAUGAAGUAGAAAUACAGCAACAAGGUCUACAACAACAUGGUCAAGAACAAACUGUUGAACAACAACAGGUGACUCAGCAAUCCGAAAAACAACAACCAACUUCAGGGUAUCUGCGAGUCGACCAGCUACAAACUCAAGAUUCACAGGGACACUAUCAAGGUCAACAACAACAAUCUCAGGAAUUGCAACAACAACUGGCACAAAACCAAUCACAGCCAAAUCAAAUUCAGCAGCUAAUUCAGCAACAACAGCUUCACCAACAGCAACAGCAACGUCGUCAACAACAACACCAGGAACAGACACACCAACAACCUCUGGCUAUUCAUCAACAACAACUUUCACAACAACAACUUGCGCAACAACAACCAGCGCCUCAGCAACAACAUCAGUCCCAUCAAAGCCAACAAGAACAACAACAAUCACAACACGUUCAUUCAGAAAACAUUAAACAACUUAAUCAACAACCUGUUGCUGACCAUAUGCAGCUUCAACAUCAAUUACAACAUCCACCGUAUGAACUACAGCAUCGCUCUCAGCCAACAACACCCCAGCAACCAACUCCUUUUCCACAACAGCAAGAAAAUUUGGAACAGCAAGCAUAUCGCACACAUGGUGAGAUAUCUUCUUCAUUCAACAACAGUGAUGUCACAAGAGAUCAUCCUCAAGCUGUGUUAGAAAGACGGCCAACACCAGAUGGUAGAUCCAAGAUGGAGCGAACGAAUAGUGCCGUACAUGACGGCUCAUGCAGACCUGUUGAUAGCUCAUGUAUCCCGAUCAUCACCGUCAAUGAUGCAACACAGCAUAGUUUAGUUGGUAGUUCCUCCACGUCACAAUCUAGGACAGGUAUCACUUCACCCAAAAUAACCAGCGUCCCUAACGAUACUGGAGACAAAAAUCAGGCUCCGAAAGCGCUUGAAAAACUGGAAAUGAUGGUUGCCGAUAUGGAUGUUGAAGCAAAAAGAACAGAGGCGGAGACCGCUCGUAGAGCUGAAGAGAUGCAAAAUGACGAUUUCAUUUCGGAGACGCUGACUGUGAUGAAUAUAUCAUCCAGCAAUGAAAGUCUACAAACUUUAUCUGGGCAGAAAGACAUUGUCGCAGCUGGAACCUACGGUGUUAAUAUUUUAUCCAACAUUCAUGGCUCAAGCAAACCGGAGGAAAUGAAGAAUGAAUUUGCUGGAAAUAAUCAUUUUGUUGAAAAGAAAGUUCCCGAGGAAUUGACCCUUAAGAAUGGUUCUGAUUUAAGUUCCCCCAAAGCUGUAGCCGCUUCAUAUACAUUUAUGGCAAACGCUGAGCUAAAAGAUAUUCAAGAUACGACGAAAACGCUUGAUAAAAAUGAUACGAAAGAUGAUUCACGAAAAUCUUUGGAGAGUUCACAUGAACAAGAACAACAAAAGCCGGAAAUAAUGAACAAAGAGCAGGAUGACCUCGUCAGAGUAAAACGACAAUUUGAAAGUGAGGAGCGUGAAAGAAAAAUUUCCGAAAGGAAAAAAAUGAAAAGUCUGCAUUCUGAUCGAAAACAUAGCAAGAAAGAAACAACACGUCGAUCAUCGAAAUCUAAGAAAGCGAGACUCACCGAUGAAGCUAUAGUUCAAUCAUUAAAAGAGCUUCCUCCUUUGCAAUUGUGUGAACCUGAGUUUCUGAUGCCUAGCUUAAUCAUUCAACCAACACUCAAUGGUUUAUCCCGUGGACAAGCCGCAUUUCGAGGUUCAUUUGGCCGCUCAUACAUCGCUGGUGUUGACGAUCAUUACGCGAAUAAAAAGUUUCCUGAUGUUAAAGCAUGUUUGGGUAAUCCUCCAACCCCACCAACCUCUUUACCACCCUCCCCCACCUUUGUUCACAAUCUAGCAACGAAAGAACAGCGGGUGUAUGACAUGUUAGCCGAACGAACGCAUAAUUCAUUCUCGAAUUCAAUGUUUCCAACACCUCCCUAUGGUGACUCUGGAGCAGACGUUAAAAAUGGUCUUUCGAAAGGGAAACAAGUUGAUCGUAUACACCGUCAAAGAUAUGGCGCGUUCGAAGAUCAUUCGCAAAUUUUGGCUGGAACGGCAGCACAAAACAAGACAUAUCCUGCAUUUGUUAUCGAUAAAGGUUUGAGUGUUCGUAGUAAAGCUGAAAGUUCUCUUCAGAUGGACAAUGAUGUAAACAAGAUAUACAGUGAUGUUAACGUAACAUUAACUAUUUCUGCAAUCUCAGAUAAGACUGUUCAUGAAACCGUAAAUGCAAUAAGUGAACUAAUCAAUGUUGAUACUCCAAAAACAUUCACUGUUCAAUCACCAGUAAGAAUUGCCUCAGCUGUGUACUUGGAUAACAACGAGCGGAUUAGAAACACGCAGUUUCCUACAGGACCUAACGUGGAGAGAGUUAUGUCGACUGCUUUAGACAAUUCAGAAAUGAAGGAAGAUAAUUUUGGACCAUAUUGUCGACAUUGUGAUCUUGUUAUACUUGGUAUUGGGGUUGUUAGAAAUACUUCGACAGAAGAAAAAAAGGAUGAUUCAAAUGAUAGCAGGGCGUUAGAUUACAAAAAUGUUAAUGUCGAAGAUGGAAUCAAUGAUGAUAGAGAUAUAUUCUGUUCAAGUGCGUGUCUAAAGCAGUAUUACUCGUUGGAUACAUCUGAAACUUGUUCAAGCAAAGGAUCUUCUUCAUCCGUUACCACUCCUGAGGAGGAAUUAAAAACUAAAGCGUUGGCAACAUCAAAUGAAUUUGUGAAUGAAAAUGAUGGGGAAAUGAAAGUGAGAGGCGAUGAAGUCGCUGAAGGAACGUCAUCUUGCUCGCUAGGGAAAUCUCACCAAAAAUCACAAAAUGAUGAGGUAGAGGUUGAGGAAAAACGCUCUAAGAAAUCUCAGUGGCGGAGAUGGAAGGAAACACCGUCUCCGAAAACAAAACCUAACGAAUUAUCGGAUGAUGAAGUUUUCCAGCUUUUGGUUAAAAAUGGAAUGGCAACAGAAUCAAAGUCCUCUGAAAAAGACAGAAGGUCUUGUGUUUUAUGUUAUCAAUCUGGUGACGGAGAUACCAAUGGUAGAGCAAGAUUACUGAAUGUUGAUUUGGAUGCCUGGGUUCAUCUAAACUGUGCGUUAUGGUCUCAUGAAGUUUAUGAAACACAAAACGGCGCGUUAAUGAACGUUGAAGACGCCAUCAAGAGAGGGGAGAAAACGGAAUGUGUUGUUUGUCAUGGCAAAGGUGCGACCAUCCUUUGCAGCAAAGUUGUUGGAACAUGUCUUGUCAACUGUAGCAAUAGUUACCAUUUCCAAUGUGCUCGUGAUCAUGGUUGUCUCUUCUUUAAAGAUAAGACUGUCCUGUGUCCAAAACAUCAAAGUGAUUAUUUAGAGGAAAAUACUUUGCCAUCUCAUGCUGUAUUUAGAAAAGUGUUUGUCAACCGCCAAGAGAUUGAACAAAUUGCAAAAAUGCUGAAUCAUAACCAGACGAGCGAGAAACCAUAUUCAUUCAGGAUUGGGAAUUUAAUCUUAAACUCCAUUGGUCAACUUUUACCCCAUCAAGUGCAAGCAUUCCACACUCGCGAUUUUGUCUAUCCAGUUGGCUUCUCGACGACACGAAUUUACUGGAGCAUGCGCGUCGUCGGUCGGCGAUGUCGUUAUCAGUGUCACGUGAAAGAUGUAAAUGGUGAUCCAUAUUUUGUCGUGAAAGUUGAAGAAGAAGGAUACGAAGAUGUUUCGUUUGAAGCCAGGACACCCAGAGAUGCGUGGUUGAAAAUACUUGAACCAGUCGAAAGCCAACGGAAAAACACAAAUCGUGUGAAUCUUUUCCCAGGGUACAUCACUGGUGAGGACUUGUUUGGCCUUUCAGAAACUCUUAUUGUGCGGAUUGUGGAAUCGAUGCCAGGUGUUGAUCAAAUGCAGGGCUAUAACAUGAGAUAUGGUCGAUCACCAAUUAUGGAGCUACCGCUGGCCAUCAAUCCAUCAGGUUGUGCACGCUCAGAACCACAUCUAAGAACACAUUUCAAAAGGCCUGCGAGAGCUCGUCGCUCCACUAAGAAUGCCUCGUCAGCAACUACCGUUGUUGUUCCACCAGAAGAGUUCAACAACAGUGUUUAUUCAAAACAAUUUGCACAUUCUAAAACCCAGCAAUAUCGAAAAUUGAAGUCCGAGUGGAGGUCGAAUGUUGUUCUUGGUAGAUCACGUAUCCAGGGGCUUGGUUUAUUUGCCAAUAGAGAUCUCGAAGGGAACAACAUGGUGAUUGAAUAUAUUGGUUCAAUCAUAAGAAAUGAAGUGGCGAACAAAAGAGAAAGAAUCUAUGAAUCUCAGAAUCACGGUGUUUACAUGUUUCGUAUUGAUAACGAUAGCGUCAUUGAUGCAACGAUUGCCGGUGGACCUGCUCGAUACAUCAAUCAUUCUUGCCAGCCAAACUGUGUUGCUGAAGUUGUAAGGUUCGAACGAGAACAGAAAAUUAUAAUAAUAUCAAACAGACGUAUAGAGAAAGGAGAGGAGUUAACGUACGAUUAUAAAUUUGAUUUCGAAGAUGACCAACACAAGAUUCCAUGUUUGUGUGGGGCAGUGAACUGUCGGAAAUGGAUGAAUUAAUUCUGCCUCGAUCUCGUCAUUUUAAUCACGUGAACAUGUCCUGUAUUUAUUAUUUAUUUCAAAUGGGGAGAUAUGAAUGAACAAUUACAGUAAAAUGUAAGCGCAGAAUUAGAAUGUAUUGUAGUAGUUUUAAAAUGCCCUUAUUGUACAGUCUAAAUAUAGUAUUUUUAAACAGUCUUCUGUAAUUGUACAUUUUACAAAGAUAAAUUAUUUAUUCUUCAAUGAUAGAAGACUCUUUGAAUGUAAGAUGUUUUGGUUUACUUUUAGAAAACGUAUAACACAACCCCGAUACGUGUAUAUACAGUGGAUAUAGAUAUCGAAUAUAUAACAGUGCGUAAAUAAUUAAAACACUAUGAAAUAACAUUUUUGUGAUAUGAACAGAGGAAAUGAAUUAUUCGUUAUU